AUGGAGAAGCACGGGAAUGAAUAUGGCGAUAUCUGUAGGCAAGGGAACCAAGGCUCGGAGGACUGCCUGACGCUCAACAUUCUGGCGCCAGAUUCGCUCUCCAGCGAGCAAUCGCCUCGUGCCGUCAUGAUUUGGAUUCAUGGCGGUGCUUUUGUCACCGGAAGCGGUGCCGGUUCCAAUCAGCAUAAGAUAAGAGGAAAUUUCGGCGUUCGAGAUCAGCAGGUGGCAAUUGAAUGGGUUUUCCGUAACAUUGCCGAUUUUGGAGGCGACCCAAGCCGGAUCAACAUUUUUGGUUGUUCUGCUGGAGGCCGCUCGGUUGGAGCCCAACUCGUCACCUCAUACAACGACGGCAUUAUUUUCAGCGCUAUCGGACAGUCUGGCGACAUCUCAUCCGACCUGAUCUGGGACAAUUUUGCAGAGGAUAACUUACAUGCUGUGCUUGAAAACACAAACUGCGCUGAGGCCGCUAGUCACCUUGACUGCUUACGAAAUGUUGAGAUUGACACUUUGCAGCGUGCUGCUGACAGCUCCAAGGAAGGUUUUGAUCAGUUUUUGCAUAAGAACAGUAUCUCAUUACUGGAACGCUAUACGCAAGCACAGAACAGAGAGUGGCAGUGGGGAGUCGUCGUUGAUGGUGACUUUUUGUUGACAGAUGUGGAAUGA